AUGACCAAACAAUUAUUCUUCGCUAUUCUCUUGAGUCUAUUACUAUUGUCUACAACUGAAGCAGGUCCUAUAACAUUCAUUUUAUGUCAGUCGGCAUGUAAUGCCGGCUGGGUCUCAUGUUAUGCCGCUGCAGGAUUAGUAGCAGGAACUGUAACAGGUGGACUCGGUGCCCCAGCGGCAGCACUUCUGUGCAAUGUUGCGCAAGGAGCGUGUAUGGCAGCUUGUGCUGCGUCAUUCCUAACUCCAAUUCCUUAG